UCUCUCCUCUCUCCCUCUCCUCUUUUCUCUCUCUAACAAUACAUUUUAGCAAUUUAUCCUACUCUUUUCUAUCUGUCUUUAGAAACAGAUUUUUUUUUUCUUGUCAAAAAACAAAAAUAAGAAAAAUUCUCUCUUUCUAUCUCAUCAUGGACCCACCCCCACCUCAACCAACGUUUCCUCCGCUCCCCACCGCCACCUUCACCACCGUGCCCGGCGACUUCUCAACCAUAACUACAGAGACAGCAACCAAAAGUUCAGGCGCCGGUCUUAGCGUCGAAGUUCCUAACAACAAUCACAUAGCACAUGCAGCCAACGCCACCCCCACCCUGACCCAAUCUUUCAACCACCCAUCAUACGCUGAUAUGAUCUUUGCAGCGAUAACGGCGUUAAAGGAACGAGACGGGUCGAGCAAGAGAGCUAUAGCUAAGUACAUAGAGAAAGCGUACACGGGACUGCCACCGACUCACUCAGCCUUGUUGACUCAUCACCUGAAGCGGUUGAAGAGCAGUGGCCUACUUGUGAUGGCGAAGAAAUCUUACAUGCUUCCUAGAUCUGACGCCUCCAACGAUAUUCAAUCUCAGUCUGAGCCGAAUCCUGUUGCCGGCUCUGGUGCCUCUUCUCUCACUGGGCCUAAGAGGGGUCGCGGCAGGCCUCCUAAGCCCAAAUCCAUUUCCAUUUCUCUUAUUGAUAGUAUUGCUGGUGCUGUGCAGCCCAUUGAGCAGCCCAAUUAUCCUGCUAAUACUCCUUCGCCUGUGAUGGUUCCUCUCGGUCUUUCUCUUUCCAUACAGCCCAAUGUGCCUGCUCCUCCUCCCUCCAUUCAGUCCAAUGUGGCUGCUGCUCCCUCCAUUCAGCCCAAUUUAGCUGAAUAUCCACCCAAUGCUGCUGCUGCAGCUCAGCUUCAGGCUGACGCGGUUAAGAGGGGCCCUGGGCGUCCUAAGAAGGUGGCCGGACAAGGUACGCCGUUGGUGGCUAAGGGGAGAGGGCGGCCGCCGAAGAUUAUGUCGAUCGGAGCUAAGAAGAGUCCAGGGAGACCCAAGAAGCCUAAGUCUGUGGCUGCUAAUGGGGUUAAGAAGGCUCCUAAACGCCUCCCUAUGUCUGUUGUUGUUCCUUAUGCUACCGGUGCUGCAGUUCUCAAUGUGCCAAGGCCAAGAGGUCGCCCGAAGAAACCUCCGGUUUUAGCUGCUGCCGGUGGUGUUGUCGUUGUGCCAACAAAGAGACCAGGCCGGCCACCCAAGGUUGGUGGGGUCGUGAAGCCGAACAAGCGCCCUGGAAGGCCUGUUGGCCGACCUAAGAAGAAUGCAUCUCACCAGCAAGCAGAAGCAUAUGGAGAUCUUAAGAGGAAAUUUGAAUUUUUUCAAUCAAGAGUGAAGCAAGCUGUUGGUGUGCUAAAGCCUCAGGUAACCAGUGAAACAGCAAAUAGUGCUGUUGUAGCAAUCCAAGAGUUAGAAGGCCUUGCAUCAAUGGACAUCAAUGUGCCAUUGAGAAAAGAAGCUCAACCUCCGCAUAUUCAGAAUUAGGAUGCAAGUGCAAUGGGAGCAAAUGUCGAAGGGGCUUCACUGUCUGGAUUGAAGAAUUGUAAGACGUUUUCUAACAUUGAUAGAUUAGUGAAACCAAAAAUUCUGUAAAGAGAAUCAAGAAUGACUAAUUGUUAUUGAUGUGAAGAAGAUGAUGUAGCUUGAUGUUUAAUCAACUGUUGAUGCCCAUGGACUCUGUUUUGUCUGUACUGAAUGAAUUAAUGCAUCUCAUUUCAUUGAGUUUUUUUAAACAAAA